AUGGCUGCGAGACCGCCUCUACCACGAUGCACGAAGCAGGCAUGGGGUUUCAUUCAACCUUGGGCCUGCGAAUUCCACUGUGGAAGUUGGGCCGUGGUCAUGAUCCUGACCUCCAUGGAUGGACAUGUCGAUACAGUAACUGUCUGGUACAGUAACGUACAUACCGGCAAUGCUGGCAGUUCUCCAUGUUUUGUAACGUCAAGUGUGAAAUGUGGUGGCUUUUGUUGGAAGCACACCUCGAACAAGGCACUUUAUCCGCCAAGUCUACUAUUCCAUUAUUCUCUCCCGGGAUACUGUACCGGUACCGGUACUGUACAAACCCUGUAUUGUAUAUAUUGCAUUCACACCAUUGUGGUAUUAAUACUUACCUACGAUACAACCAGACAUCUUUCCCCCGUCUAUGGCCCACUGAGGGAUAUUUAUUGUCAACGUAUUUCCUGGGCUCAUCAGUCACGCGGUCCUCGAACUUGUCAAGCGCAGUGCCAUUCCGAGUUCGUGAUGGAAGCGACCGACGCCGAUUUUGCCACCGAGUUCGUACAGCAACAAAUGGUGAUUACCAGUCGCAAGCAUUUAUUCAUUCAAGGACCGACGAUACAUUUGAGUUCACUUCGUUUAUUUUGGGGUGUCGCAUUUUGCUCGUGGUAUUGGCAACGAGGCUGCUGA